UGCUGUGCAGGCCAAGGGCAGGCGAGAACAAUGGCUACCCAGUCUGAUUUGAUGGAGUUGGACAUGGCGAUGGGAGACAGUAAGGCUGCAGUGAGCCAAUGGCAGCAGCAGUCUUACCUGGACUCGGGCAUUCAGUCCGGAGUCACCACCACAGCCCCGUCUUUGAGCGGGAAAGGGAACCCCGACGUCGAAGAGGAUGAUCCGACUUUGUACGACUGGGAGUUCAACCAGCCUUUCACUCCUGAGACAGCAGACGUGGAAGGCUACGCCAUGACCCGCGCCCAGCGUGUUCGUGCGGCCAUGUUCCCCGAAACCUUGGAGGAAGGCAUCCAAAUUCCGCCAACUCAACUGGAUGCGGCUCACCCCACCGCGGUGCAGCGCCUGGCCGAACCUUCUCAAAUGCUGAAGCACGCCGUGGUCAACCUAAUAAACUACCAAGAUGACGCCGAGCUAGCCACUCGCGCUAUUCCCGAGCUGACCAAACUGCUUAACGACGAGGACCAGGUGGUAGUGAACAAGGCGGCAGUGAUGGUCCACCAGUUGUCUAAGAAGGAAGCCUCUCGCCACGCGCUGAUGCGUUCGCCGCAGAUGGUUUCGGCCGUGGUUCGAGCCAUGCAAAAUACCGGCGACGUGGAAACCGCUCGCUGCUCUGCCGGAACUUUGCACAACCUCUCCCACCACAGAGAGGGGCUUCUCGCUAUCUUCAAGUCCGGGGGGAUCCCCGCUCUGGUUAAAAUGCUGGGCUCACCAGUGGACAGCGUGUUGUUCUACGCCAUCACCACGCUCCACAACCUCCUGCUGCAUCAGGAAGGAGCCAAGAUGGCCGUCCGCCUGGCCGGAGGGCUGCAGAAGAUGGUGGCGCUUUUGGCCAACACCAAUGUCAAGUUCCUGGCCAUCACAACAGACUGUCUGCAGAUUCUUGCUUAUGGAAAUCAGGAAAGCAAGUUGAUUAUUCUGGCCAGCGGUGGUCCACAAGCCCUCGUCAACAUCAUGAGAACCUUCACGUAUGAGAAACUGUUAUGGACCACGAGCAGAGUCCUCAAAGUCUUGUCCGUUUGCUCCAGUAACAAACCUGCGAUAGUCGAAGCUGGAGGCAUGCAAGCAUUAGGACUUCACCUGACUGACCCCAGCCAACGUUUGGUCCAGAACUGCCUCUGGACUCUGAGAAACCUUUCAGACGCUGCCACUAAGCAGGAGGGAAUGGAAGGCCUGCUGGGGACGCUGGUCCAGCUGCUCGGAAGCGACGACAUCAACGUCGUGACUUGCGCUGCUGGCAUUCUCUCCAAUCUGACCUGCAACAACUACAGUAACAAACUCAUGGUUUGCCAGGUAGGAGGUAUCGAGGCUCUGGUGAGGACUGUACUGAGAGCGGGCGACAGAGAGGACAUUACCGAACCCGCCGUUUGCGCCCUGCGCCACCUCACCUCCCGCCACCAGGACGCCGAGAUGGCCCAGAACGCCGUUCGUUUGCAUUACGGUCUCCCCGUGGUGGUCAAACUGCUGCACCCGCCGUCUCACUGGCCGCUCAUCAAAGCCACGGUGGGGCUGAUCCGCAACCUGGCCCUCUGCCCGGCCAACCACAGCGCCCUUCGGGAGCAGGGGGCCAUCCCGCGACUUGUCCAGUUGCUGGUCAGGGCUCAUCAGGACACCCAGAGGCGCACUAGCAUGGGAGGCAACCAGCAACAGUUUGUGGAAGGUGUCCGCAUGGAGGAAAUAGUGGAAGGCUGCACAGGUGCGCUUCACAUCCUGGCGAGGGACGUCCACAACAGAAUUGUCAUCCGAGGACUUAACACCAUUCCACUUUUUGUUCAGUUGCUGUAUUCUCCCGUGGAAAACAUUCAGCGUGUAGCCGCCGGCGUGUUGUGCGAGCUAGCCCAAGACAAGGAAGCGGCCGAAGCCAUCGAAGCCGAGGGCGCCACCGCGCCGCUCACAGAGCUUCUCCACUCUCGCAACGAGGGCGUCGCUACGUACGCUGCCGCCGUAUUGUUCCGCAUGUCCGAAGACAAGCCACAAGACUACAAAAAACGUCUAUCGGUGGAGCUUACCAGUUCUUUGUUCAGAACCGAACCGCUGGCCUGGAACGAGACUGGUGAGCUUGGACUGGAUAUUGGGGCUCAGGCGGACCCGCUAGCUUAUAGGCAAGAUGACGGAACAUACCGGGCCUACCCCGCCGCAGGCUACGGACAAGACACUCUACUGGACCCCAUGAUGGAAGGGGCCGACUACCACGCGGACGCGCUGCCCGAUCUGGGCCAUCACGCCGACCCGCUUCCGGAUCUCGGUCACAGCCAGGACCUGAUGGACAGCAACCAGCUGGCCUGGUUUGACACCGACCUGUAG